AUGUCGACGCAUACGGGUGCAGUGACUGUGGUGCGAUUCUCGCCGAAUGGCAGGUAUUUGGCGUCGGGAUCUGAUGAUAGGGUGGUGUUGAUUUGGGAGCGUGAUGAGAUGCGGGUGCCUCGUCAGGAGUUUGGGUCUCAAGGAGAAGCCGAUUCCGAGGUGUGGGUGGCUAGAAAACGACUCGUGGGUCACGAUAAUGAUGUACAAGAUCUGGCAUGGGCACCAGACUCGAGUCUGCUAGUGACAGUCGGUCUUGAUAGUAGUAUUAUUAUCUGGAGUGGAUCGACUUUUGAAAGACUUAAGCGGUUCGAUGCCCAUGAGUCUCAUGUUAAAGGUAUUACAUUUGAUCCGGCUCGCAAGUAUUUUGCGACUUCGUCGGAUGAUCGAACAGUCAGAAUUAUCCGGUACCAUAAACCAUCACCUAACGAAAUCACGUUUUCAAUCGAAUCGACUAUCUCAGCACCAUUUAUCGGGUCUCCUAUAUCUACAUACUUUCGACGACUGUCGUGGUCGCCAGAUGGAAAUCAUAUUGCGGCAUCCAAUGCCACUAAUGGUCCAGUUCCAACAAUCGCUAUUAUUAAUCGAGGCACCUGGGAUAGUGAUAUCAGUCUAAUUGGCCACGAAGCACCGGUUGAAGUGGCAUCGUUUUGUCCACGAGUGUUUCUGAUGCAAAAACCUGCUCCUGGUGACAAUCUUGAAAGUGCAAAUCCAGUUACAGUAGUAGCUACUGCUGGUCAGGAUAAGACGCUGGCCAUUUGGAAUACGUCGAAUCCAAGACCGCUUUUAGUGGCUCGAAAUGUGGCCGAGAAAGCCAUUACUGAUAUUGUGUGGUCACCCGAUGGAACAAAAAUGUAUGCCAGUUCGUUGGACGGUACCAUUCUGAUUGCAUCGUUUGAAGAUGGUGAGCUUGGAUGGCCUCUGGAUUUGGAAGAAGCCCAAAAACAACUUACUCGAUAUGGAGGUAAUAAAGACGAAAUGCAGAUUCCUGAGAGUGUGGAACAGCUGGUACUUGAAGAGAAAAUAAAUGAUCAAGAGAAGAUUAAUAAUGUCAAGCGAAUGGAUGAGUUGAUGGGUGGUACGGGUGUUGAUACUGGUGAUGCCAUUGGUGUUGUUAAUGGAACUGAGAAUGGCAAAAUGGACAAGAUGGAUGUCGACUCAGCAGUCACUGCAAAUGGAGCAAGUACUCCUGGUAAUGCUAGUGUCGAACUGUCUAAUUCUGCUUCUCAGACCACUGCUGCUACGGCUGCAACAGCACCAGCAAACGAAACUGCUACAACUGCUACAACGACAGCUGCUAAUACCACUACUUCAAGUACACCAACAACGACGACAACUGGUUCUGCUAACAGUGCAGCUACAACUUCAACAAGUACAAUAGGUGCUGCUGCAAGCAGUGGUACCCCGUCGACCCCGAAAAAAAUAACACAGAGAAUUACUAUUACAAAAGAUGGUAAGAAACGAGUGGCACCACAACUUCUAACCACGUCUUCCAUCGAGCCUCGAAUGCCGCAGGCUCCACUAGUAAACGCAGCGGGUGCAGCAGCAGGAACAAACCUGUCAUCUGAACCACAUUUACAAGCUAUGGAAAUGUCUAAACCAUCAUAUAACCUGCCCAAGGGAGGUGUACAAUCACUGGUUAUUGGUACUAAACGAAAACAAGAAGACACCGAUGGGGUCAAUGGCGAUGAGGCUGUCGGUUCAGGUACAGUGAAUGGUAGUAGCACACAACAAAAGAAACAAAAGCCAGAAGAGAUUCCUGAAUUUAUUCGUCCGGCAGUAGUAUCGCCAGCGACAACUGUCUCACAAGUACGACUGGCAGUGCCCAAAGUACAGACGUUCUUCAGCCAUGGUAAAGGAGCAUCAGCUGUUAAUGGCGGACGGUCAGUUCUGGAAAUUCGCAAUGGAACUGGAAACGAACAAGAACCAACAAAAGUCAGCGUUUCUAAACGAGGACAGAUUGUUUUUGUAGAUUUCCUGCCUCGAUACGGCCAUUUGGCUGCUGGUGAUGGAUCUGUGUUUUGGGCAGUGGCCACUGAAGACGGAGUCAUUCAUGUAUACACAGCGGCAGGCCGGCGAUUACUGCCGAGCAUUGUUCUUGGCUCCUCGAUCUCGUUCUUGGAGAGCCAAGGACCUUAUUUAUUAGCGAUUACAAGUAUUGGCAUGGUUCAUAUCUGGGACAUGAAGAGACAGGUAGCGGUGCUGAAACCAGCAGUAUCACUAGCACCCAUUCUUGAUACAAGUUUGAAAUAUGUUGAAAACGGGCUUUCACGAGCACCGAACGUGACUCAGUGUGGAGUAACAAAUAAAGGUCACGCUAUUAUUACGUUAUCCAAUGGACAGGGAUACACAUAUAACGAGCCAAUGGGAUCAUGGCAGCGAAUCAGUGAUUCGUGGUAUGCGUUUGGGUCACAAUACUGGGAUUCGAAUGGAAUGCCAGGAGUCGAUGUAUUUGGCGUGUCGAGUAAAAGAGAUGACGGCAGUGUUUCAGUUGCCGGGUCUCGAGCCAAUAGAAGAGGGUACAGUGGUGGACUGAUUGCUCUUGCCGAGAGAAGAACCAAUGAAGAAGUAGUGGUUAAAAGUGGCAGUCGAGGUAGAUACCUGCAGCGACUGGCCAAGAACCGCAUGCUACAAGAAGGUUAUGAAGGGUUUGAAGCCGCUGUGUCGCUGGCACACCUGGAAACAAGAAUAUCAGCAGCCAUUGUACUCGACUCUGGCGACGAGCUUCGCAAGUUCCUCAUCACCUAUGCCCGACGUGUGGGUGAAGAAGGCAUGAAAGACCGACUUGAGGAGCUCUGUAAAGACCUCCUUGGACCAGAAGGUGAUAUAGCCUCUGCCGAUACCGAUGGCUCUGUCGCUGCUGCCACUGACGGCCAACUGUCGAUAUCCAGCAACGACCGCACCAGCGGUCCCGUACCGGUCUGGAAACCGACUCUCUGCGACAUCCAGAAAAAAGACCUCCUCAAAGAAGUCAUCUUCGCGGCCGGUAAAAUCAGAGAAGUCCAGCACGUCCUCCUGCCCUACGCACGAGCGCUCGGACUCACUCUCACCACCGACUAA